GCGUUGCUUGAAAUGAAACCUACCGUUGAACCGAGUGAUUUCGCUGGCGGAAGGAAGCUCGUCGACUUCGAACGUAAAGAAAGAGCUCGAAGUAUCCGUAUAGAGAAGAGAAAGGAGAAGAAGAAGCGACAGGACGAGCGACGAAAAAUCAGGGAGGCGCUAGGCGAUAAAGCGCCGCCAAAGCUUCAGCCGAAAACUAUCGAGAACACAAGAGAGCAAGAUGUGACUAUGGUGGAUCCCGCUGAUGAAGAAGUGAUACAGGAUGAAGCCCUCGACGAGAUGUCAACUUAUUUCAAUCGUGUGACGAAGCCCAAAGUUUUAAUUACCAUAUCACCAGGAGCCAAGCAGGAGACGUGGAAGUUUUGUCACGAACUUCACAACUGCAUUCCAAAUUCAGAUAUGUAUAGUCGGAAAAGCUGUCCGAUGAAGAAAGUUGUGAAGCGUGCUAUCGAAGAAGGAUUUACGGACAUCAUCGUUAUCAACGAAGACCGGAGGAUUCCCAAUGCCAUGACUAUUUGUCAUUUGCCAUCUGGACCUACGGCCUAUUUUCGCCUAAGAAGCAUUCAGCGUUCAAAAGAGCUUAAGCGUCAUGGUGCCAUAACCGAUCAUUAUCCAGAGGUGAUUCUGAACAAUUUUAACACCAGGUUGGGUCACACCGUUGGAAGAAUGUUGGCAUGUCUAUUUCCAUAUGAUCCUCAGUUUCGCGGACGUCGUGUCGUGACAUUUCACAACCAGAGGGAUUAUAUCUUUUUUCGUCAUCACCGGUAUGAAUUCAAGAACGGUGGCAAAAGAGCCGCCCUGCUAGAACUUGGUCCCCGUUUCACACUUCGUCUUAGGUCCUUGCAGAAAGGAACCUUCGAUACGAAGUUUGGCGAGUAUGAGUGGAUCCUGAAGAGGCAUGAAAUGGAAGCUAGCCGACGGCGAUUCGUCUUGUGA